AUGAAAACAACAGUGGCGAAAUUUGCUGCAGAGAAAUUAGCUCCUCAUGUUAAAAAAAUGGACGAAGAUGGAUACAUGCCGGAAAAUGUGAUUCAAAUGUUAUUUGAAAAUGGGUUAAUGGGAAUCGAAGUUCCAUUAGAUUUUGGAGGAUCCGGUUGUUCUUUUACCACAACCGUUUUAGUAAUUGAAGAACUUUCAAAAAUUGAUCCAUCUGUAGCUAUUUUAGUUGGAAGUUUUUGUUUGACUGAACCUUAUUCUGGAAGUGAUGCUUUUGCAAUGAAAACUUCAGCGAAACAAGAAGGAGAUUAUUUUAUUUUAAAUGGAUCAAAAAUGUGGAUAUCAAAUUCAGAUAUUGCAAAAUUUUUUAUUGUUUUUGCAAAUGCUGAUUCAUCCAAGGGUUACAGGGGGAUCACAACAUUUUUAGUCGAAAGAGAUGCUCCUGGUUUAUCUGUUGGAAAAAAAGAAAAUAAAUUGGGAAUAAGAGCCAGUGGAACGUGUCAAGUGAAUUUCGAUAACGUAAAGAUUCACAAAAGUGCGGUUUUAGGAGAAUUAUAUCAAGGUUAUAAAUAUGCUGCAGGUUUUUUAAAUGAAAGUAGAAUAGGAGUUGCUGCUCAAAUGCUCGGAUUGGCUCAGGGUUGUUUUGACGUCACCAUACCUUACACGUUGGAAAGAAAACAAUUCGGACAUAAAAUUUUCGAUUUUCAAGCGAUGCAACAUCAGAUAGCUGAUAUUGCUGUCAAAUUGGAAUGUUCAAGGUUACUCGUGUACAAUGCUAGUAGACGAGUCGAAGCCGGUAUAAGUUUUGCUAAAGAAGCGUCUAUGGCAAAAUUUUACGUAACGGAAAUGGCUCACGAAGUAACAAAAAGAUGCAUCGAUUGGAUCGGAGGUGUGGGAUUCACAAAAGAUUUCCCUCAGGAAAAAUUUUACAGGGAUUGUAAAAUCGGUACCAUUUACGAAGGAACGAGUAAUAUUCAAUUAAAUACAAUCGCUAAAUUUCUUAAAAAAGAAUUCAGUUGA